AUGAACAGCUCUGAUGCGUCAACAAACGAUAGCUCCAAACCGGAUGGAGACGGUGGGUCAUCAGGCGAUGGAUUGGAUGGUAGUGGUGUUGGUGACUCCUCACCAAGCGCUAACUCGGGCUCCGGCGAUGAGACAACAGGUGACUCCGGACAGAGCUCCAGUGGGUCAGAAAGCGAUGACAAUGUAACGGUAAGCCGAUGCUUACCUUCUAGUUUCCAUCACCGAAAAAGCCAAUUUGUAGUCAACCCCACAACCCAACCAAUCAACAAUCAGCAGCAUCUCAAUGGUGGAUGCUGGCACUUGAACACUAGCUACACCGCAAUACUUCGAAACGAAACAGGCGAGCAUAGAACCAUCCUACCGAAGUACUUUGCCGACGUCAUGUGGGUGGGUAAUUUCACAUUCUUUGGAUGGAACCGUACAAACUGGAGUCUUGCGAUAACAGAUGCAGGGCAGAAUCUAACUGAUAAGCAGUUAUUGGUCCAAGAAACUGAAGCUUCGGCGCUAAUAAACUUGACUGCUGCUGCCCGCUGGCGAAACGUCACUGGAUUGAACUUUUAUCUCUAA